AUGGCUAAUAGUAGUUCAAAUAAAUUACCAGUAUCUGGAACUGUUAUCUAUGAUUCUGGUAACGAUACACCAACUACAAGGAAACGAGCUGUAAUACCAACUGGUGGAGUAAGUGUAGCGGAACGUGCACGUUUGUUUGGUUCACAAAUAACAAAUUCAUCAACAAUUAAAAAUUCUAAUUUAUCAAAUCAACAUGAACAACGAUUACCACCACCACAUAAUAAUAGAUCAACAAAAUCAAAUGUUGUUCAUUAUGAUCGAAACUAUCAAUCAACUAAAACAAAUGUUGAUCGACGUCCACAACAAGAUACAUCUUAUUCUACUUCACAAAGAACACUGAAUAAUCGUCAACAACCUGUUCAAAUUAAUGGUAGAAAACAACAUGAACAAUCAUCAUCACAUGAUUCACGUCAUUAUUCAUCAGUUUCACGAUCACACGGUCAUCAUCAACAUUUAUCACCAUCAAAUCGUCGACCAUUGACUACUCAUGAUAAACAUCGAUAUGACAUUCCACAAAAACAACGACAUAAUAGAAUAAGUCCAACUCGAAUAAUAAUAUCCGGUGAAUCAUAUAUACUUGAUGAUAAGGCUUAUGAUGAUCCUUAUCUUGAUUUAUAUAAUAAACAAAAUAAAACAUCAGAUUAUCAACAACAAUCUAAUAAUAUUCCUUAUCAAUCAUCAAAUUAUUUUCAACCAAUAAAAGAUCCAUUAGAAGAAAUGUUUGUGAAUUCAACACAAGGAUAUUUUUCUGAACAAAUACCUAUGAAAAAUUAUAUUAAUACGAAUAGUAUACAACCAUUUGAACUAGGAAAUUUAAUUCAUCGUAUUCAACAAGAUUAUAUGGAUAAUGUACGACCAUAUGUAUCAAGUAUAGAAUAUAUUGAAACGAAUCAAAAUUUUGCUGAUAUUGGUUAUAUAACACCAACUACUUCUCGAAGAGAUUAUACAAGACGAACUAAUGAUCUCUAUCGUCAAAAAGUACCAUCAAGUCAUUAUGAUAUUAUUGAUAUGAAUGAUUCUAAUCCAUAUAUAAGAAAACCUUCACAAUAUCGACAUAAUGAUAAUCAACAUUCAUCAAUACCAAGAAAAUAUCGAAGACGAUAUCAUGAUCAAGCAUCAUCUCCUAUUCAUACUGUAGAAACUUCGAACAAAAUUAAUAAACAACAUAAAACCGAACUUUCACCUGCUGCUGUUGUUCCAAAAGCAUCUACACAAAAAACGACAAGUUCAGGUGAAGAAGAAGAAUCAACAACAAAAAAAGAAAAACCAACGGAAUCAGAAACUUCAUCUGAAUCAUCAUCGGAAUCGGAAGAUGAAUCUGAAAAAAAUACAUCAAAACAACCGUCUUCUCAACCUGUUAAUGGAACAGUUUCUAACUCAAUUACAACUGGAACUUCAGCAGCACAACGUAAUGACAUCACUCGUCCAACAUUACCAAAUCAAACUGCAUCUAAUGCAGCUCAAAUUCAAGCAAAUAAAUAUGAGGUUGAAGCAAGUACAUCAGAUGAAUCUGACUCAGAUACAUACACUGAUAGUGAUGAUGAUGAUGAUGAAGAAGAAGAAGAACCAAAACCUUCAUCAAAUAUUCGAACAACACCAGCUACAUCACAGACAAAUACUCGAACAAAUAAUCUUCGAACAACACCCGCUACAUCACAAACAAAUACUCGAACAAAUAAUCUUCAAACAACACCGACUACAUCACAAACAAAUACUCGAUCAAAUAAUCUUCGAACAACAUCCACUACACCGCAAAGAAAUGCUCAAUUAAUUCAACAACGACCAAUUGAUGAUAAUUAUAAUACAUAUGGACCUCCUCAAUCACCUAAUUUAGGUACGAAUGAAUUUUUUAAAUUAGGAGAUUCUGGAAAAUCAUCAUUUGGUGGCAAAUUAAAGAACUCGAUAAAAAAUACAUUUCGUCGAAACAAAUCCUAA